AUGUCACUGGAUCCUCUGGAGCUCGGUGUUCUCUCAAGGCAAUACUUGGCAACUGGAACGAAUUUCACAGCGUUACAUUUUGAGUUUUUGGCAAAUAUAGUGCGGGAAACUUGUGAUGUUUUGUGGAAAGUUUUAAAACCUUUGGAAAUGACAGAAACUACGACAAAAGACUGGCUGGAUAUAGCUGAUGGUUACUACGAAAAAACUCAAUUUCCAAACACUGUUGGUGCUGUGGAUGGAAAACACAUAAGGCUCGAGUGUCCCAAAAACAGUGGAUCGUUGUACUAUAAUUAUAAAAACUUUUUUUCUUUGAUUCUAAUGGCCAUUUGUGAUUCAAAUUAUUGUUUUCGGAUCAUUGAUGUUGGGUCAUACAGCAAAGAAAGCGAUUGCAACUUCUUCAAAACUUCAACUUUUGGUAAAAAAUUGUAUUCUAAUAAGGCCAAUUUUCCAUCAGAUCGAUGUUUACCUGGCGAUGAAAAUGGAGUGCCACAACCGUUUGUUUUAGUAGCCGACGAAGCAUUUGCGCUGCACAAACACUUACUAAGACCGUUUCCAGGCAGAACUUAA